AUGUGUAUAUUUCUUUAACAAAUGAUUAUAAUGAAUUUAAAAAAAAGCCAAAUGGAACGCCGCUUCUUAACAAUUAUGUGUCACGACGAAUAGUGUUAGUCAAUGAUAACGAACAUGAGUAUUAUACAUUCGUGAAAGCCAUCACGCUACCUCUAAAUAACACGAAUGAUAUCAAGGAGACACUUUAUUACAGGACUGAUGAUCCUGCCCGAAAAAACUUUGAUCAAGCAGAUUCAUGUUAUAAACAAGGACUUGGAUCAAAUGGUGUCUGCUGGGUAUAUACUUGGCAGCCCAAACAACUUAAAGGGAAUGAUCCACUUCCCGGCGAUUAUGAUAUAUGGGUGCAUGUGUACUAUGCUCCGAGAAAGUGCGGUGCUUUUACUUGCCACAUGGACAUGAGUAAAAUGUAUGAAUGCACUAUGAGAAAAACUAUAUCUAUUGAUAAUUAUUAA